CACGUUUAUUACCUGGCUGAAUGUCAUUCCUGUGUACCUAGCACACCUUACACAAACCUCUAGGAUUACACAACCUGCUUGAUGCAAACAUAUUUUUGAGUCAGUCACCAGAUCAGAUUGAUGCCAUUAAAAAUAUGCACAGCCCAGGCCCUUCAUUAUAUUGACUUCUCUGAUUUGAGACGAAGAUUAUCCAUAAUGGAAAAAGAAUCAUUACCCCCUCCAUAUCCUGGACCACCAAUGGUCCAAAACAACAUUUCCUACCAGACACCGCAGAUUUCCUAUCAGACUCAACCAGGUCCAGUGGCCACUGUAUACAAUCCACAGACAGUCAUGGGAUCCAGAGUAACCCAAACAGUCCAGUCACCUGGCUUUGUUUACCCAGCUCCAGUUCCACAAGGGCCAGUCAUGUCUUCAUCCACCGUAACUCAGACAGUCCAGUCUUCAUCAAUGCCUGGCAUCGCCACAGUGGUAAUUGUGCAACCACAACUGACUGACGUCCCGGGGCAGACGAAAUGUCCUCACUGCCAGCAGCAGGUCAUCACACAGACCACGUAUGUCAAUGGCCUGUUGGUGUGGGCCAUCUGUGGAGGUCUCGGCAUUUUCGGGAUCUGGCCGUGUUGUCUGAUUCCGUUCUGUGUGGAUUCCUGCAAGGACGUACAACAUCGCUGCCCUGUCUGCAAAACCCUUGUGUAUGUGCACAAACGCAUGUAGCUCCCGAAACAAAGAUGAAAGACCUAAUGAAAACUACCGCCAACAUCUUCUGGACAUUACUGGGCUUCCUAAUUCACAGAAAAAUAACAUCAUGAUAUAAAAAGACUUGUAUGGGUUUCUCUUUCCAGAUAGAUAGAUAGAUAGAUAGAUAGAUUUGUCAUAUUAGAUUGUUUAUCUUAUAAUAUAUACUAUGAUAUUUCAAAUCAAAUAUUAUUUGUGUCCUUUUUUAUUGACUACAACUAUUCAUGCUAAAGACUCUCAUGGCUUUGUAUGUUCCCUGAGAGCUAUGGUCCUGCAGAUUUCAGCUCCAGCCCCAAUCAAACACACCUGAAGCAGCUAAUGAGGUGUUCAGGGUGGCUUGAUGAUCACAGACAGGUGUGCUGGAACAGGGUUGGAACUGAGAUCUGCCAGACCGUCGCUCUUUAGAAGCAGGGUUGGUGUCCCUGCUGUACACAACAUUCUGUUAAUAACUCAGUUGUGACAUCAAGGAAAAUAAAAUACUUUGAUUGUGAAAAAACUAGCCAAACCACUCUGACACAUGGAAUUCACCAUCACUGACUCAGCUUAGGUCUCAUGCUGG